UUUAAAUUAACGCCCACGUGGUUUUAUUUUAGUCAGUUUGAAACGCGAGUGAUAUACGUUUAAUAAAAAUAAUGGAGGGUAGGCGGUGAACACGUAAAAAAAAAAGACGGUGUGCCCGUCUCUGGGCUUGAAGAAACGUUACAGUCGAUAUUAAACCGUCAACCGACGCAAGCGACUGAGCUGUGUCCACCGGUGGUGUCACCACAACUGUGCUCAGCAACACCACCGCGAGGAGAUCGGCCCUUUGCAUCGACAUGCGCAACACCAUCGGGUUUGCUGCUUUCUUCCGUAAGCGACACUCGUUACCACCUGGUACUGACGGGUCGCACAAUGGUACUGAGAACGCUCCGGUGCCAAGUUCAAGCAGCGCAUGCGAGUCAAGCACUGAUCUGGUACUUAAUCAGGUGACCGACAAACUAGUAAGUGCGUUGAGCACAAUUCUGACUACGGAGAUCGAGUAUCUAUGCCGAGUCAUUAGCAAUGGUCAAGAUAUGAAGACAUCGUGCAUUGCGAGGUUGACUCGCAAGGGUGUGCAUUUCAAUGGUGGCGAUUUUGCAUUUGUGCCAAGCUGUUGGUAAGCUAGACUCCUGUAUGCGCGGACCAUAUGUGGUUUUAGCGACGUUUUCGCAGGACAGAUAUGAACUAAAAUUAGUCGCUGGUUCUUAUGGUAAAGCUGCCGCGGAAUACAUGUUGCCCUGGCGCGGGGAAUGGACCCCUGAUGUGUGUGCCGCAUUCUUUGAGAGUGGCGCUGAUGAUGACGAUAGUCCUUCACCACAACCACCGCACGUGAUACAAGAGACAUCAGCAGGUCAAGUUUCAACAUGCCAACCUGCCUAUCAUCACACGGGCGAGGACGCACCGUCGUCAGGAGAGGCCGAAUAAGCUGUAAAAAAGUCAAGUGGAGUGUAGCAGCGGGGAAUACUGGACUAAACUGGUUUUCAGGCUAUAUAAGCACGGCGCGCUGUAUGGUCGGGCGCACUUCUUCGACGCUCGCACUAGAUAUAGGACGUUACUAUUGUUG